AUGUUCCAGGGCCUCCAGAAUGGCAACCCGUCGUUUGAACCAUACAAUACUGUGUUGGAAUUACUAAAGCAGGCCCCAACUGACAAGGAUGAGAAGUAUGAGUUCGAAGACAUCGGCGAACCCUUGAAGAGAGGUGGUGCCAUGCCCACUGGAUUGCCUUUCCAUCCUCUUCCUAAAGAGAUACCAACAACACAGCUUCGUACUAAAAAAGGCGCUCCUUUGACCGAUAACCCGACAGAGGAGGCCAACGAUCGCCUUGUGGACAUGACGUAUGGUGCUGCCUUGGCUGUUUUGAGUUUGAUUGAGAGUUUCUUCGAAUUAGCAGUCGACAAGCAGUAA